AUACUUUUCCCUCUUGUUGCAUCUCUCAUCAGCAGGCUAACUUGUUAGACACAGCAAGCAAACAACAUUCUCUCCUUCUAAAAAGCACAAAUUCUUUUACGGAGAGCAAAUUACUCUUUGAGUUUUUUAAAAACAACAUCAUUAUCAUUAUUCUCGACUUUAAAAGGGAAUUCUAAACACACAGAGCAACAUCAUGAGUCAACAAAGCGAAUCCACCCAAGCAACACCAGCUACUGAAAAUGUUGAGCAAACAACUGAAAAGAAACAAUUAACUAGAGAUGAGUUGAAAGAAGCCAUUUGUAAACAAGUUGAAUACUACUUUUCUCGUCAAAACCUCUCUACUGACCACUAUUUGGUUUCCCAAAUGAGUCAUGACCUCUUUGUCCCAGUUUCUGUCAUUGCUAAUUUCAAAAUGAUUAAAACCCUCACUAACGACUUGGAUUUGAUUUGUGAGGCUGUAAAGAACUCGAAUCAGGUUAUUCUUGAUGCAGCAAACAAGAAACUCAAACCAAACAUUGUCUUGAAGAGAAAUACAGUCAUUAUCCGAGACAUUUCUCAAAAUGUUCCAAAAGAAGAAAUCCUUAAACUUUUCUCUCAUGAUAACCAACCUGUUAAUAUCCAUAGCGACAUUGGAAAUACAUGGUUCACUUCAUUUGAAACAGAAGAAAAAACCAUUGAAGCUGUUCAACACUUAAAGACUCAACAAUGGGAUGAAAAACCAAUACAGGCAAGAAUUAAAACUGAAAGCUUGUUAAAGACUGUUGGUACUACUCCAACUCCACAAACUCCACAAAAUGGUUAUCAAUACUCUUACAAUAACAAUAGAGGAAAUAGAAAAUUCAAUAACAACAAUAGAACAAAUCAAAAUAAUGGAAGCCAACAACCAAAGGAAAGAAGUUUCAACAAACAACAACAAACUUCUCCUUCAACUUCCGCCACUACUACACCUCAAUCCUCUCAAAAUGGCAAUAGAAACAAUAAUAACAACAACAACAACAACAAUAGGGGAACUAGUCAACGAGGAGGAAGAACUAGAAGCAACAGUGGUAGUAGAAACAGCCAAGCUAGUAAUGUUAGUAAACAAACUAGACCACGUAAAGAUAUGUUGAACUUGAGUAGCACAAAGAGUUUCCCUCCACUUCCAAAGAUGAAUGAAACUGAACAAGCUGGAUACGGAAAUCAAAAGUUCUUGCGUUAUAGUAAGCAAACUGUUAUGAGUGUUUAUAUGGAACAACAAGAAAAGGGUGAACACGAUACCAAACCAGAAAUUUUGAACGGAACUGAAUGUAUAGCAAUUUUGAAGGAACCUAAAAAGGAUUUAGAGUUACACAAACCUCAAAUGGAUAAGAGUCAACUUGCCAAUCAAACUCUCCCACUCGAAACUGAAAAGGAAGGAACCACACCAUCUGUCCAAUCAGUUAAGCCAACCAACUUGUUGAUUCCAAAGUCUUCAUUCGCUGAAGCUGCUAUAACAGCUAAGGACAUCAAGACACCUGAUACCCCAUCCACUUCUCAUUUCUUUGCCAAGUCAAGGAAAAGAAGAGGAAGCAAUGCUCCAGCUCAUACUCUUACACAUCAAAAGCCUCAUUAUAGCAAGCCUCAAAAAUCCGAAACUAAGGAAACCAAAGAGCCAAAACAACAAUCAAAAACCAAUGUUGCUACAACUGAAUCAUCAGCUCCAUCCAUUAAUGUAACCAACGCUACUCCAGUACUAGCUCCAACCACUUCAACUGAUCAACCAGUUUCUUGGGUAUCUGUUGUUGCUAACAAGAAAUAAUUAGCCAAAUAGUUUUACCAGGUGUUUUGGUAGCUGCUAUUUAAUGAUUUAAUACCUUAGUGAAGGCUUCCUUUUCUCACCUUAAUGUGAAUAAAUUUAUAAUAUUUUUUCUUAAA